UAGGGGAUAUCCCGCUGCUCCCGCCGCCUUCCCGCAGGGGUUCGGCCGUAGAGCUUCCCUGCUCUCGGCGCCCCGGGGGUUUGCGCGGUGCGGGCCGUGGCGGGGCUGCUGUGCCCCUGCCGACCUUCCCGGAGCUGCCCGUAGCCCCUCUGGAUCGUGCCUUCAGGAGCCAGUUUCUGUCCCUGACCGUACGCUUGGGAGCCUAAUCCUGCCCCUAAACUUGCCCUCAGGAGCCUUACCCGUCUGCCGUGUGCCUCCCGAACCCCCCAUCGCUGCUCGGCUUUCAGAAGCCUCGUGUCAAGAAAUUGACGCCAACGUGUGUUUAAAAACGUGAACCAAAAAAACCCCAAACCAAACCCAGCGGCACUGCGAUUCUUUUUCAUGGCUUCUUCUGUGUGCAGUUCACCUCUGCACUUCUUCCCUUGAGCUACGGAAGUUUUUUAUUUUCAGUCAGGAGGAGGAGCAGGAUGGAUGUGCUGAGGCCCACCCUGGUGAGGAUUGGGGGGCGAGUGUACCGGAAGAAUCUCAUCCAAGAGCAGCCCUUCCCGCAGGAGGAGGAGGAGGAUUUCUGUGCAGGCCCCGGUGACUGCGCGGACGAUGAUCCCUGCGACGCCUUUGUGGUGGAGGAGACUGAGCGAGGCUUCCAGAGCCGGGUGGAGGUUCCCAGCCCCUUGUACAAAUACAUCAUUGGGAAGAAAGGGGAAACCAAGAAGAGGCUGGAAACAGAGACUCGAACCUCCAUCAGCAUCCCCAAGCCUGGAGUGGAAGGAGAAAUUGUGAUCACCGGGCAGCAGCGGAGCGGUGUCGUCUCCGCCCGGACACGCAUCGAUGUGCUCCUGGACAGCUUCCGUAAGAAGCAGCCCUUCACACACUUCCUGUCCUUUGCUCUCAACCAGCCUGCCAUCCAGGAGAAGUUCCUGCAGUUCAAGGAGGAAGUGUUGGAGAAAUGCUCGCAAGAUCACGGGGUCAGCAGCAGCCUAUUCCAGAACCCUGCAAAGCUUCACCUGACUCUUGGGACGCUGGUGCUCCUGAAUGAACAAGAGAUCCAGAAAGCAUGUGACCUCCUACAGCAAUGCAAAGAGGACUUUGUGGACCAAAUCACCGGAGGCAAGCCCCUGACCGUGGAGGUGGCGGGAGUGGAGUACAUGAACGACGACCCUGCCGUGACCGACGUCCUUUACGCCAAAGUCCGCAUGAAGGAUGGCUCAGACAGAUUGCAGGUGAUCGCUGAUCGGCUGGUGGAGCGGUUUGUGGCCUCUGGCCUGAUGCUCAAAGAAUGGGACAGGGUGAAGCUGCACGCUACAGUCAUGAACACUCUCUUCAGGAAAGAUCCAACUGAGGAGCGAAACAACACAAUGACUGGUAAAUCAUCUUUCAAGGAGCGGGAGUCAUUUAAUGGCCGAAAUAUCCUCAAGCUUGUCACUUUAUGAUUCCUACGUGGAAUGCAUGCAGAACACCCAGGAGACGGCAUCUGUGAACGCACCAAGAGCUUCUUGGCAUUUAUGUGGCAUUUACUUUGGCUCAGGAAAAUAAAAAUAUGAAGAAGAAGCCUCCCAUCACAUGCCUUGGAUCUUUCUCCCCGAGCUCCGUGUGUGCUGCAUCUUCUUACUUUGGUGGUACUUUUCCAGAGAGCGAUGGUUAUAUUGUUAUUGCUUCCCAAGGGAUUUUCCAGUGUCACAGAGGAGAUACUCCUGACUUGGGAGGUGGGACUUUUAUGACAAAGAUUCUGUCCCUCCUGAAGUCUGCAAGCUUUAUUCUUCCCAAAGGAGAUGAGGUGAAAGGGCCUCUGCUGCUGCCUUUUAAACCUGCCAGAGGCUGAAAGAAAAGGAGAGGGGAAGGGCUGUUCCUUGCGUUAUCCAUGUGGAAGGACUGGAUGCUAUAUUGGGGAUGGAGAGACACUCCAGAGCCAGCUGCACAUUUGCAGAACAGAACAAUCUGCAGCUCUGUGGCUGGUGCUCCUGGUGAUGGCCCCGGUGACAUCUGGCCUUCCCUGUCCUUCCUAACCCUCCCUUCCAUCCCUGGGACUCCGUGCGACAUCUUCAUCCUGUGACACCUGGGCAGGACUGGAAAGUGUUGGACCCCCAGCCAGCGGUCCUUCAAAAAAAGCCACGAAAAGGAAGCAGUUGCUAAUUUGGAGAGGAGGCUGGGAAUGCCGGGAAGAGCCGCCUCGCUGGAUGAGUGCCUGCCUACCUGCUUUUCCUACGCUCCUCGUGCAUUAUUCCUGGCGAGCUCCCAAGCACAAUUAAACCUCUGACAGAUAAUCAGUGGUGGAGUGGUGUCCAGGGUGAAUAAUACAGGAAUCAGGUAUUUCUUUUUUUGGCACCAAGUUGUUUCAGAAAACACAUUUUGAAAGUCAAAAAUAGAAGGAAAAAGAAUGUGUUCAUUGAACAAACUGCCCAGAUCCUGACAUGGUGCCUGGUUGUGUCUCGUCUUCUGGGGGCCACCAUGGGCUUUGGUUUGGGAUUUGUCUGUUGUAGUUUUGGGGGAGUUUGGGUCACAAAUGGAAGGGGGCUUGGUGCAUUUUUUGGAGUGAGGGAGAAGGAGCUCUGACAGCACGUGCUGCAGCCUGGGAACUGUGGCAGCUGUGGAGGUAACAGCCUUCUGCAGAGGGCCUGGCAGGUCUGUGGGGGAGUGAGGCACAUUAAACAGGUAGGUGGGAUCCAAAAAGCAGAGGACUGGAGGCUGUGGUUUGUGCAGCAAAGGAGGUUGAUCAGAAGAGCUCUAAGGGAUCCAGUUUGCUGGAGUUCAGUGCACUCUCUUAGAGUCUGUCAGUGUUUCCGAGUGUUAC